CAAGCAAAACCCUCAAGUCAAUUUUCCAAUUAAAAAGGCAGGUAGCAAGAGAUCGAAGCGAUCGAAGAGAGAUGGACAUGGUGGCAGGAUUGGUGGAUGAGAAGCCAUUGGUGAUCUUCAGCAAGAGUUCAUGUUGCAUGAGUCACUCAACAAAGUCAUUCCUACGUGGGUUUGGGGCAAACCCUACAGUUUACGAGCUGGAUCAAAUGCCGAACGGGCAGCAAAUCGAAAGGGCGCUGCUGCAGCGGGGUUGCAGGCCAAGUGUACCAGCUGUGUUCAUAGGCCAAGAGUUGGUGGGAGGUACGAACACAGUCAUGAGUCUCCAUGUACAGAACAGGCUUGUUCCUUUGCUGAUGAGAGCUAAAGCUAUUUGGAUUUGGAACGAUCGAUGAUGAUUAGUAGCAUAGACUUACUAUGCAUACCCAGCAGAUGUAUUGAUAAAAUGGCCGGCCUCUAUCCAAUAUAGCAGGCUCGGUCCAUCUUUUUGUACUUCGAUUUGCAUCAGUUACUAACUGAUGUAGGACGAAAUAUGAGUUAAUUAUGGUGUGAAAAAUUAAUUAAAAUAAAGUGGUUCAAAGUUGGAAGGAAAUUGUGCAAUAGAGGGAAAUUCCAAUUAAUUGUCAAUUAUGGCGCUAGGAAAAGAAGG